GAGGCCUACUCGAGUUAGACAUGAAUGGUGUGACAAACUAGCUAAUGUCGAAGUCAUACCUCGUGGUCAGCACCUUACGUGGACUACCCCAUUGACGUAUCAAGGUACCAUAGAUGCUUUGAAGACUGUGCAACACAGAGGACGUUAUUACCGAAAUAUAUUAGUUAAAGUAGAUACAAGCGAAAGUGAGACCACUGCCGCAUGGGCCAGUCCAUGGCAUACGAUUAACUAAUGCGCGUUGGUUGUCCCUGACCUUGACGAGGACCGAUGAUUUGCUCGAUAUUCAAUGACCCAACUGCCGGAUGAUUUGGCUAGGGCUUAGUGACAUUUCUCUGGCCCUACAUCAGUAUCAUUAAAGCAUUGGGUUCAGCGUGUAAUGAUACAAAGAUUCAGUUUAUCCACACUUACCAGUAAGGUGUAUCUGUAAAUGUUCGGAAACACUUACUCUCUCAUAUGCUUGAUAUCACAUCAAUAAUUACCAUGAUCGACUGGGCUACCUUUGAAAGAUAUGGGCUUUCACUUUUUCAACUCUAAAUACUAUCCAAACGACUGUUCGAGAGUGGAUAAAUCUCCAAUGAAUUCUGAAAUUUACUUAAAGGACAUUGAUAUGUUGGAAAUUUAAAAAAAUUAGUAGAGUAUAACUUCAAUUCAAUAAAGUUGUGUGAAUCCUCAUAGAAUUGUAUUCUUUAGAUAGGAUAGAUUGAUUUUUUCAAUAAACACCUGUAUAAAGACCGGUUGCUCUAGGUUGCUAAUACAUACGUAUACAAAGCUUUCUUAGGCUACUAAGGUCAAUCGAUUAUUUAACCAAUCAUUCAUCAGCAUAGUACUAUGACAAUAGAUAGAUGGUUAAGUUGUGUAAAAUAAAGUCUACUUUAAUCACAAUAUCGAAUUUAUAUAAUCCUGUUCAUUUCUCAAUAUCAUGGUUUUACAAAAAGAUGAAGAUUAUGUGAAUUUUCAACCUGGUGGAACACAUAUAAAAAAAACAAUCGAACCAGAAUGCACAGAGGAAGACCAAAAAGAAAAUAAAAAGGGUGGAAGAUGGAAUACCGUUCGUAAACUUGUGACCAGUGCAAGUCAACAUAUUAAUAGUUCACAAAUGUUGAGUAUAUUUCGCUUUAGAUGGAAUUAAAAUCAUUACUGUCGUUUUGUUUAUUUUAAGGGUUAUCUAGCAUUUUCUCUAUAUUAGCUCAACGCCAUAAAAAUGUUAUUACAGCUGGUGAUAUACUGCUCGUUAUGAGAGCAUUAGGUGAUGCAUUAACAGAAGCUGAACUACAAGAUUUGAUCUUUGAGUUAGAUGUUGAUCGAGAUGGGAAAUUAGAUUUUUCAGAACUGUGUGCUUUUGUUGUUGAACGAAUAUACAAGAAGAAAUUAGAUCAUGAUUUUGAAGAAUUAUUUCGAAUACUAGAUCAAGAUGGUGAUGGAACACUGUCAAAAGAUGAUUUACGCAGUAUUUUACGCUAUUUUGAACUGGACUUCAGCGAUGAAAUAAUUGAUGAUAUUGUGAAAGAAAUUACUGGGUCUGAAAAUAACCUUAUUACCUAUUCAGGUAAUGAAAAGACUCAUUAAUUUGACAGUGUUUGAAGCUAGUUUGUACUGAAAAUAAUGUUGACAAGUCUUUGUCAUUUACUGCGUCUUACUUGCAUGUACCUCUGAUAUCUCACAAUUGAGAAAUUCAAAAUUAGGGUACACAGGCAUGCAAUGUGUGCAGAAAUAAUUGGUCUGAAGAUAGAGCUAAUUACAGAACGGUAACAACUACUUUUAAGUUAAGAGUUACUGAAUAUCUGUUUUGUCCAAUCCAGUAGUGUAGCCAUCUACUCAAUGUACGGGCGCAAUCAAGUUUCUCUAUGGCGAUGACGUCACUCAAGUGUUGAGUCAAAAUCUACUUACUUUAUUUAGCAAUUCUACAGUGAAACGCACUCAUCUGUUUAUGAUGCUGACUUACAUGGUCUCAAAACUGUAUACUUCUGUGUGAAUUGGACACAUCAAAUCAAAAAAGCUGCUGCUUCCAAUUUUUCAGUGGUUAUUCACCAGGUGUUGUCCUAUAGUGAUAAACAUCUUCAAAGUAAAGUAUCUGUGUCAUGCAACCUGAAUCUACUGAUUUUAAUUGUCGAUAGACCAAGAUUAUAUGAAUAUUGAAUUAAAAUAUAAUGAAUGUGUGUGUAGCACUUUCUUAUAGUUAUUCAAAUUUGUUUAAGUUUAUCAUAGAUUCAGACAAGGAGUUUACUAUUACUGAAAUCUUGAACAAUCCUUUAUAAUAUAUGAAGAGAUAAGUAAACUCCAACUUCGUCAAGAAUUCUUAUUUAUUUGACUUAAUAGAUCGUACUCAAAGAAUUCCAUUAAUAAAUGAUGAAUUGUGUUGGAUUUUUAUUUCUUACAGAAUCUUGUUUCCUAGUUUUAGUAACAAAAUAUCGGAAUUUCAUUAUUCUUCAAAAAGCUUGGAUCAGAUUGUCAGGCGAAACGUUGGAUUUAUUUCAAACUCUUUCGAUGAGAUUUUACAAAUACAUUCUUUCUCUUUAAGUUAAUUAUUCUGUUUCGAUUUUUAAUGUUAAAUUAGAAACUUGAUUAAAAAAUCCAAAUGAUAUUUGUACUUGACAUAGAAGAUAAUUGAA